CGAGUUCCUCGGCGCCCGUUACUGGUCGCCGGCGGCUGCGGGUCGAGCGAGGGGCGCGAUGGCGCUGCUUGGCCUGCUGCUGGCGCUGCGCGGCGUGUGCCUGGUUUCUGCGCUGGGGUCUCAGCGAACAUUCCUCCAAGUGACUGUUCCUCAGAGGAUCCCAUCUUACAUCACUGGAAAUACGGAAAGGAUGACCUUUGAUAUUGAUAUCAAUGGAAAGCCAUAUAUCAUUCAUCUGAAGCAACAAUCCUUUUUAACCAAUGAUUUCAGAGUUUAUACGUAUAGCCAUGGAGGGUCAGCAGUGUCUUUUGUUCCUCCCAUUCAGCGCAAUUGCUACUAUCAAGGCUACAUUGAAGGCUAUACUGAUUCCCUUGUGAUGCUCAGCACCUGCCUUGGGCUUAGUGGGCUGUUGCAGUUUGAGAACAGCAGCUACGGAAUUGAGCCAGUUGAAUCUGCUUCUGGAUUUCAGCAUCUUGUUUAUCAGAUUGAAUAUGAAGAUGCAGAGCGUCCACUUUCUGAACAGAAUUAUUCCAUUAGAUGGAGUUCAGGAAUAACGCCAAGGGUAGAAUCAGGAAUACCAGUUAACUUCAGCACUACGAGAUAUGUGGAAAUGCACAUAGUUGUGGCCAAGGGAUUGUAUGACUAUAUGGGCUCAGAUGAAGAUGUUGUGAUGAAGAAAAUCACUCAGCUCAUCAGCUUUAUCAACACGAUGUUUUACAAACUCAACAUGAAGAUUAUACUGUCCUCUAUGGAGUUUUGGAAAGACAAGGAUAAGAUCUCCACCACAGGGACCGCCAAUGAGUUACUGGAAAAGUUUGUGGACUGGAAACUGGUCCACCUUGCUCUACGACCCCACGAUGUGGCAUUCUUGUUUGUCUACAGGAACAGGGGUGAUUCUGUGGGGUCAACAUUUGCAAGAAAGAUGUGCCACAGACCUUCUUCUGCAGCAAUUGCCGUGUAUGAAAAUGGGAUCAUGCUGGAGACCUUCUCUGUGAUCGUGGCACAGCUGCUGGGAUUCAGCCUAGGACUGUUCUUCGACAACUCAAGACAAUGUCACUGCCCAGGCACUUGCUUAAUGAGUACUGAUGCUGUGCAGGCCAGCGGAAUCAAGUCCUUCAGCAGCUGCAGUAUAAAAGAUUUCCGAAAUUUUCUGGAGUCUGGAGCAUCGCAGUGCCUCUUGAACAAGCCACGCAUGGAUCUCAUGUACAGAGCCCCCUACUGCGGAAACAAAGUGGUGGAAGACGGGGAGCAAUGUGACUGUGGCACAGCAAAGGAAUGUGAAAGUAAUCCAUGCUGCGAGCCAAAUUGUCUGUUGAGAAGAGGGAAAGCCUGCGCCCAUGGUGAUUGUUGCUGGUCGAGGUAUUGCAGGUUGAAAGCAAAAGGCACAUUAUGCAGAGGCACUAAAGAUGAAUACUGUGAUCUGAAGGAGUACUGCAAUGGUACCUCUGCUGAGUGCACAGAGAAUUUUUAUGUCCAGGAUGGACAGAAUUGUGAGGGGGAGACAGGGAUUUGCAUGGAAGGAACAUGCCAAAGUGCGGAUUUGUGGUGCCGCAAAGUAUUUGGAAAAGAUUCAAAAAGUGGAUCUUCUCAGUGUUAUGAGGAAAUCAACAGUCAAAGGGACAGGAUGGGACAUUGUGGUUCCUCUGCCAAAGGAUAUGAGAACUGUCAGUGGCAGGACCUCAAGUGUGGCAAGCUGGUGUGUGAAUAUCCAGGUAAAAAGCCUUAUGCCAUCGAAAAUGCAGCAAUAAUUUACGCAAAGGUGCAGAAUCGCUUGUGUGUCACUUUGGACUACAUGAAAGGGCCGGGAGUGAAGGACCCAUUCUUGGUUCGUGAUGGCUCCAUCUGCGGGGAUAAUAAGGUUUGCAUGACCCAGAAGUGUGUGGAUAGGUCUGUAUUAAAAACAACUUGUGAUCCAGUGAAAAAGUGCAACAGGAAAGGAGUAUGCAACAAUAAAGGAAAUUGCCACUGCAAUAUGGGAUGGGCCCCCCCUGACUGCACGAUGGAAGAUAGAGGAGGCUUGGGUGGAAGCAUUGACAGCACAUUCCGAAGUGCUGCAGCUGUAGAUGAAACUCUCAACGUUGGUACAGCUACAAGAAACUGGCUCCUGAUUAGCUUCUUCCUUUUCCUGCCUGUCCUGAUUGGCUCCGUCAUCUUGAUCAUAAAAUUGAGGGACUUUUUCUCAAAUGUGAAAGGGGAGGAGGAAGAGGAGGAAGAUGCAGAAGAGGAAGAAGAGGAGGGGAAAGGUUAUGAUAUGGAAAGGUAACUUGGCUUUGUUUGC